AUGGGGUACUGGAAUUCUUCUGCUCCGGGUGGCGCAAUGGAUCCUCUUCUCCAUCGAGAUGUCUAUACGGAUCUCUUGACCUUCACCUUCAGCGGUCCCAACCUAUACAACCAGAACCAGCCCAUCUUCAUUGAUGCCGAAGAUCCUUCCCAGUCUUUCACAGGCACCCAGUUCCGACGACUGGUUCGGACUUUAAUUGCAGGGUUCAAGGCACACAAUGUCCAGCAGGGCGAUUGUGUUCUGGUCAUGCUUGGAAAUAGCAUCUUGUAUCCUGCCUUGUUUUUCAUCCGGGAGAAUGUCUCCAUGGUGCGCGAGGUUAGUGCGUCGCGCGGAAUCACUCCGGAGCAGAUCUGCCUGGUAGACCCCAAGGCCUUCGACUACUGCGCGCAAUUAUUCCUGUCCUACGAGGCUGGCUAUGCCGUCAGCCCUGAGGUCUUUUCAGCUAAAAGCGAAGCUCACCCACUGAACUUCGCCCACCUGCUCCGCCAUGGCGAAAGCGACUGGUUCACCUUCCAGGACCCCAUGGCCGCCCAAACCACCCCGGCGGCCAUGUUCUCCACCAGCGGUACCAGCGGCCUUCCUAAAGCAGCCGUCCUGUCCCACCACAACAUUAUCUCCCAACAUCGCUCCAUCUAUAACCCGGUCGACUACCCUGUGAGCCGACUGAUUUCUCUGCCGAUGUUCCACCUGUUCGGUGGCCUGUGGACCCAUAUUUUCCCCGUCCGCUAUGGUCAUCCUCUCUUCGUGCUGCACAAAUUCGAGAUGACCCAAUUUCUGGCCAUGGUCCACCGGUUCCAGAUCUCCGAGACCUAUCUCGUCCCCGCCGUGAUCCACUCAUUCCUCACCUCCAAGCUGCCGGUGUCCAACUACCUGGCCUCGCUGCGCUACGUCGCCAUCUCCGGUGCCCCGAUCGAUGGAGCCACCGUUGCAGCCUUCGGCAACCUGCUGCAGCCCGAGGCUUAUGCGGGCCAGCUGUGGGGAAUGACCGAAUGUGGCAUUGCCUUCCAGGCCAGCUACAAUAACCGGGCUGAUCCCGGCAGCAUCGGGCGGGUGCUGGAUGGAGCGACGAUUGUCCCGGGGAACCUCUGCGUUCGAAGCGCGGGAGUGUUCCUGGAAUACCGAGGUCGGCUGGAUGGGAAGGAGGCGCAGGGUUGGUUCCGCACGGGUGAUAUUGCCUACGCUAAGCAGGGGCAGUAUUUCAUUGUGGGACGGACCAAGGAGCUUAUCAAAGUGCGAGGAUGGCAGGUGCCCCCCGCCGAACUCGAGGCCGUUCUUCUCCAGCACCCCGGCAUCAUCGACGCAGCGGUCACCGGCGUCGCCGUGAAAGAUGGCAGCGGCGAAGUGCCUCGGGCGUUCGUGGUGCGGUCGCGAGACCCCACUGUGGGCCGGCUUUCCGCGGAGGAGGUAUACAAGUUUGCGCGGGCGCGACUGGCCAGUUACAAGGCGCUGGAUGGCGGGGUGUUCUUUGUGGAGGAGAUUCCGCGCACGCCCAGCGGCAAGAUCCAGCGCUUCAAGCUGGCCAAGAUGAAUACCUACCGGCAGAUGGUGACCUCGCUGCUGUCGCGCUUCGACCUCGAGCGGCGCUCAUCCGCCGGCCACCAACUAUCUAUGGGCCUGGCGCCCGGAGGACGAGUUGCGGUGUAA